AUGCCUCUUAAGCAGGUUUACCUACCUAAGAAGGACUAUGUGGUUCCAGACAUUGACUUGUUGACCUUGAUUUACAAUUCACCUGAAGCAUGGACCAACGAAAGCACCAUCCUCCACGCCGAAGCAGCGCAACCGGAAAACAAAAUCACCAAAGCCGAGGCGAGAAUCUACACACAACGUAUGUCGCAUUACCUAAGACACACCUACUCGAUAGGAGCCUCCGGACCCGGUAAGGACGUCGUGGUCGUCAUUUCCAGCGGUCAAGUCCUGCUUGCGCCUCUCUUCUACGGCGUCAUUGGCGCCGGAGGAAUCUAUUCCGCUGCGAGCUCUUCUUUCACCCAUCUCGAACUCGCGCGUCAAGUCAAGCAUGGCCAUGCGAAGCUCAUCAUUGCCAGUCCCGACUGUGUCGAUACCGCUAUUCGCGCUGCUGAGGAGACUGGUUUGGAUAAGUCCAAUGUCUUGGUAUUGGAAAGUAUGGGUGGUUCGCAUGUCAGGAGCUUGAGGCGCGUGGACGGUCGUGGUCAGGAUGCUCUUGUUGGCGAGGACAAGAGGUUGCAGUGGGAGGUGGUUACCGACCCUGAAGUCCUGGCCAAUCGUGUCAUUUGUUUGCUAUAUAGCAGUGGUACAACAGGUGUGCCUAAAGGUGUCAAUCUCUCCCAUCAGAACAUUGUCUCUGAAGGACUGAUCCCACAAUACCAGUUCCGAGAGUAUCUCAUCCGCGCCAAACGCAGGGAUCCCAAUUUCACCUUUGUAUACAACACAUUGGCCCAUCUUCCUGCUGCACACAUUGCCGGAUGUCAAGGAUACUUUAUCAAUCCCUCCAUUGCCGGCGGACCGGUCUACUGGAUGCCCAAGUUCGACUUUGUCAAAUUCCUCGAGUACAACGAAAAAUUCAACAUCAGUUUCUUUUUCACCGUCCCGCCCAUCUACCUGCUCAUCGCAAAAAGCCCCUUGGUCAAGAACCAAUUCAAAAGUCUGAAACACGCCAUCACUGGCGCCGCCCCGAUGGGCGCCGAACUGCAGGGAUUGGCCCAGAAGAAACUGGGUUGCCACAUCGCUCAGACCUGGGGUCUGAGUGAGACCACGGGGAGUGUCACGAGCAUGCCGUGGGACGAGAAUGAUCCAACUGGCAGCGUGAGUCCAUUGUUGCCCAAUGUCCGGAUGAGAGUGGUUGACGACGACGAGAACGACGUUGAAGAAGGUGCGGAAGGAGAAUUCAUCUGUCAAGGACCUAUGAUUACCAAGGGUUAUUGGGAAAACCCGACUGCAACCAAGGAGACCUUCACCGCCGAUGGAAAGUGGUUCAAGACCGGUGACAUUGGCAUCGUCCGAGAUGGCAUGUUCUAUAUUGUCGAUCGCAAGAAGGAAUUGAUCAAGUACAAAGGCUUGCAGGUUGCCCCGGCCGAGCUCGAGGCUUUGUUGCUCAGCCACGACAAGAUUCAGGAUGCCGCUGUGAUUGGAGUGCCGGAUCCAUCUGGAAGCGGCAACGAGCUGCCUCGCGCUUAUGUCGUAGCCGACAAGAGCCAAAUAUCCGCAGACGAAAUCAAAGCUUUCGUCAAGGCCAACCUCGCUCAGCACAAGCAGCUGCGUGGUGGUUGCAUCUACCUUGAUGCCAUUCCCAAGAGUCCCAGUGGCAAGAUCCUGAGGAGAGAACUAAGAGACAUGGCCAAGAAGGAGGGAAAUACGGGUACAGCCAAGUUGUAA